UAGCUACUUCAUGAGUUUUCUGUAUUUCUUAAACUAUAGUGAGUUGUUUCAUUGUGGUGUCUUGUGUUUGGUUGAUUACACAUAUAUCUCCGUAUGAUUGUACCUUUAAUUUCCCUUUUGAUGAUCGUUAUGUUGUAUUUUAUAUAUGAUGUAUGCUUAUUUGGUUUCUUUACUCUUAAUAAUAUAAAAUUUGUUUUUGUUUGUAAGAUUUAAGUUUAAGCUGUUCUGUGUGUAUAUUUAUUCUCUUACAUUUGCAGUAAAACACUAAUUGAAAUCUUUAAUUCUGUUUAUACGCACACUUUUCUAGUUUGUAAAUUAUAAAAAUGUAUACGGCUCUCCCUCUCUCGUUCUCUAUUUAUGAACAUGUAUUAAUAUAUACUAGUUUUUUUUGCUAAGAAUAAUAAUAUAUAAUUUUACAAAAAAAUAAUAUAUAUGUAUAUAUAUUAAUAUAUACUCUCUCCAUUUCAUAAAGAGUGUCACUUUGACAUUUUCAUACAAAUUAAAAAAACGAUUGAAAUGCAUUAAAUUUUUUAUUAAUUACACAUAUUCAACCAAUAAUAUUUGAGAUAAAUGAAAUUAUUUAUAAAAUUAAUGCACUUGUAAUUAAUUUUAAACUGAAAAUUCAUUGAAAUUCUAAAAUGACAUUUUUUUGUAACAAAAAAAAAAUGCUAAAGUGACAAUUAAUAUGAAACAGAGGGAAUAGUUUUCAGUGUACAAGUUCAUAUUUUACAUUAGUAUUUCACCAUGUCAUAAGCAAAAUUGAUAUCCUUUUUACAAAGUAUCUAGUAUACUAUGAUCUGCAAUCUAAAAAUAUCUUCAAGAGCUGAACGACUAAUUUAUACAAAUUAUACUCUACUACGAACUUUGUGAACAAACUCAGAAAUGCCUUUUUAAUUUUGUAGAAAAUAAAACAAGAAGCAUGUGUUGGCUGAUGCUAAAAACUGCCAAAAUGUGGCCACAUCGUUGAUAACGUUCUUUUUCCAACAUGCAAUUUAUCAACCUCUUUGGUUAAAAAAAGUUCGCUCACUUUUCCUCUCACGAGUUUCAUUUUCACAUCAAUCAUCAAAUAGAACCAUUCUCUUUCAUGACAUUCAUUCACUCUCCCUCAUAACAUGACUAGACGCAGUGUUUCAUGGAGACUAAUCACUUGCUUAUCCUCCUCUCCUAAGUUAUCCUUGAAUGUCUUGUGCCUCGUCGUCACAGUCUUUGUUCUUCUCCAAAUAUGGUCAUUUCACAUUACCUUACAACCCAUUUUACUCCCUCCAUCACUACUCACAUAUCUAAACAACCACCAACAACAACAACAACCUGAAGUAUCCCACAACGAUUGCUUGAUGGAGAAACUACGUGAGUCGGUAACAUUCCUUCCCCUUAAAGACCUUCGUUAUUCAAACAAACCACUCGAAGGUCAUACAUGGUUCAUGAGCUCUCUCUAUGAUAACCAAACCAAAGGGGAGGUUCAAUAUCAAGAGUUUCCUUCAGAAUCUUCCAAAGGAAAGCUCCUGUGCUUGAAAGGGUUUGAUAAACAUGAUGGGUCAUGGAACUACUAUGCACUGGCUUGGCCUCAAGCUCUUCCGGUCAACGCCAGUCUCAAGAAGGGACUGACAUUUGUUUCCUAUAAUCAUUACGAUUACGGUAACAUGUGGCAUGGACUAUCUGCCAUGGUUCCGUUUGUUGCUUGGAGCUUAAGAAACCAAUGUGAAAGGCCUCAAAGAUGGGUUUUAUACCACUGGGGAGAACUCAGGUUCAACAUGGGGAACUGGUUGAACGAGAUCAUCACAGCUACUUACAGUCAAGAACCAGAAUUUGUACGGUUUGGUGAUGAGAACACACCGGUUUGCUUUGAGAAAGCAGUUGUUAUGAGACACAACGAAGGUGGAAUGUCAAGGGAAAGAAGAAUAGAAGUCUUUGAUCUCAUUAGAUGCAAAGCAAGAAACUACUGUAACAUCAGCUCAUCCAAUACCUCAAAACCCCGAAUAGGUAUGACAUUGCUUAUGAGAACCGGACCAAGAUCGUUCAAAAAUGUUUCAGCCGUGACAAAUGUUUUUAAGAGAGAGUGUAAGAGAGUAGAAGGGUGUGAACUAAAGGUUGCUUAUUCAAACAAUCUAACAUUUUGUGAGCAAGUGGAGCUAAUGAGAAACACAGAUGUGUUAGUGUCACCACACGGUGCACAACUCACUAACUUGGUUCUAAUGGAUAGGAACAGUAGUGUGAUGGAGUUUUACCCUAAAGGAUGGCUUAAGCUUGCAGGUGUUGGUCAGUUUGUGUACCAAUGGGGAGCUAAUUGGUCAGGAAUGAAACAUGAAGGAGCGUGGCGUGAUCCAUUUGGAGAAACAUGUCAAUUUCCUGAUACUGAUAGACGAUGCAUGUCGGUCUACAAGAACGGUAAGAUCGGAUACAAUGAGACUUAUUUUGGCGAUUGGGCAAGAAGCGUUUUGGGUAAGUUUAGAGUAAGAAAUAUGGAAGAGGUUGUUGAACGCAACCAUGAUGGAUGUCGGUGUUAAUGGUUAAGAACUUAAGAUAUACGACCAAAGAUAGUACUCUAUACUUUUGAGUUUUGAUAAAAUGAUGAUAUUAAUGUAUUAGAGUAUUUUUAACAUAGAACAUAGUAUAUACUAUAUAGUCAAGCGCAUCUUUUCAAAUAACAACCAAAAAUACUCUAUACUUUUAAGUUUUGUAAUACUUUUAACAUGGAACAUAGUCUAUAGUCAAGUGCAUUUUAACAUAUAGGAAAAGUUGAAGGUAAAGUAUACAUAACAUAUAAUAUUUCUGUUAAAUUUAAUAUUUCAAACUCCAGAUCCAACAAAAUCGGCAUUAAAUGACCUAGACUAUCUUUUCAACUAAUAUAGAUCUAGCUAAUAUGAUCAAUGCCUGUUAACAUAUGAAACUAAACAAAGACCAGUGGCUUAUCUAUAUGAAUAAAUAUUCGAGUAGAAAAUUGUAUACAACUAAAGUCUUAGUAAUUGACAUAUCUUUGGGAUUAGAAUAACUUAUCGUAGAAUGCAAAGUGGGCAAUUAAAAUUUGAAAAACUAAGAGAUAAAAACGGAAAGCAUAUGCAUGUGUUGGUUGAUCCAAAAUCAAUCACGAAUAU